CUGGCAAUAGAACCCGAGUUCCAAAUACCAAAACUCAAAUUGACCCAAUGACCAAAUAGCAUAGCAGGCGAUUCUUCUGUGAGCCGUGUUCAUAUCCUGAUAUCUCACUUUCAAAUCUCUCCGUUUCGUGGCGUCUCCAUCUUUUUUCGAUCAAUCAUCUAAAAGAUGCAUCGAUCGGCGAGCGCGUCUCGAGUCUCCGAUGAGUUAUCGGCGCAGCCGCCGCCUUCCUUGCCGGUUCACAGCUCCAGACCCUCCUCCGACCACUUGCCCACCUACAACCCACUCUCCCAGGCCGCAAAGAGAGAGAGGUCCCGUCUCAGAUCUGCCGAGAUCGCCGUCCACCUCAUCCCUCUUGUUCUGCUUCUCUGCGCCCUCAUCCUCUGGUUCUUCUCCACCCCAGGGAAAUUCAAAUUAAGGGCAUCAUAGCUUUUAAACAUUGUGGUCUUCAUCAUUUCAACGGCACUUGAUAAUGUUGAUAAAGAUGACUUCGAAAACAAAUUCUAUGGGGGUGAUUGCAUUGUUUCCAAAUUGAGGGUUUGCUUAUGGAUGAUGAUGGUACAGAGACAUUCUUGAAAGCUGAACUUCGAGCUGGAGGCCCCAAACCAUAAAAGAAUUGUACAGAACUAACACUCAAGUUCACCAGAGAGCAUGACUGGAGUAUUUAUGCUCUGGAGGCCAGUUUUGCCUAACUUGUUGAAGACAGGUGUAGUCUCUUAUAUCAGUAACCACGUUAUUUUAUAAACUGGACCUUGGUGUAACUGCAUUAAAUCUAUGCUUGUGCUUGUUUGAUUGUGAUUUUUCUUAGUACAUGUUUUAUUUUCGAUUAUCUGUGAUGUGAUAAGAUUUUUAUACUCAUCUCACAUUCAAAAA